AUGACUAAGAAAUUACGAAAGUUUGAGAAAAUAGCAUUUUACAAGGGCAAAAGUUGGAGUGUUGAUGAUGAGAUGAAAAGUAAGAAGAAGAAGAAGAACAACAUCAAUAUUAAUAGGAUCUUGAUAUCAAUCAACAUUGUUGGUAGUUCUGGGCCAUUAAAAAUAGUGGUUAAUAAGAAUGAUAUUGUUUGUGAUGUUAUUGACAAAGCUCUCAAAUUUUAUGCAAGUCAAGGAAGAUUGCCUGCUUUGAAAUCUGAUGUAUCUGAUUAUGUUUUGCAUUGCUCAAAUGGUGUUCUUGAUGGAGCAGCUCUUAAUCCAUCUGAACCCAUAGGAAGUUUUAAAACAAGAAAGUUUCUGCUAUCUGAGAAUCAAGCAUCAUCAACAAAGACAGAAGAAAAAGCAGGAUCAAAGAGAAGAAAUUGUAGCUGGAAAUCAUUUAGUUUCAAAAAAUUCCGUUUCGCACUCCAUUGUGCAACUAUAAGUUAA